UUUUGCUUCAAACCCAAAUGCAUUAUCAUCUUCAGCUCCAAUCCAUCGUAGUAAAAGAACUUCACCGGCGAUACAUGGAUGAUUAUCUACUUCAGCUCCAAUCCAUCGUAGUAAUCUUUGCUCUUAUCAUUCUUUGCAAAGUGUUGUGGCAUAGCACUUUUAAAAGCUUCAACAACAAACACAAGCAACCACCUCAGCCUUUUUUUGCUUUACCGGUGAUCGGUCACUUGCACUUGCUCCUCAAUGCCCAACCUUUUCAUCAUAAGCUCGGUGAAAUGGCCGAUAAGCUCGGCCCGGCGUUCAUGCUCCGGCUUGGAUCCCGACGCACUUUAGUCAUUAGUAGUUGGGAGGUAGCUAAAGAAUGCUUCACCGUUAAUGACAAAGCUCUCGCGUCGCGGCCAUCUAACACUGCCGCUGUUACCCACUUGGCCUACAAGGCUGCCUUCUUUGGUCUUGCUCCUUAUGGCUCUUUCUGGCGAUCUAUGCGUAAGAUCGCCACUACUGAGCUCCUCUCCAACACUCGCCUUGACAAGCUCAAGCAUGUCAUGUUGGCAGAGGUUGAUACAUGCAUCAAAGAACUACACAACCUCUGUGGCGAUAAUAAUAAUGAUAAUAGUAGGGUUGACAUGAAGGAAUGGCUUGGAGACUUGAACUUCAACAUAAUUCUCCAAAUGGUGACCGGAAAACGGUUCUUCGGGUCCGGUGGUGGCUCCGACGAGGCUUGGAGGUUUAGAAAGGCAACACACAAGUUCUUUCACCUUCUCUUUGUCUCUGUCCCAUCAGACAUGUUCCCUUGGCUUGAGUGGAUGGAUCUCGGUGGUUAUGUGAAGGCAAUGAAAGCCGUGGCGAAGGAGAUGGAUUCAGUGAUGGUUAGGUUAGUGGAGGAGCACAGGGAGAGGAGGGCCUCAGGCGUGACUGCCGGCGGUACAGACUUCAUCGACGUCAUGCUUUCCAUCAUGGAGGAUGACCAUGAGCUUCAGGCCUACUUUGACAAGGAGACUCUGAUCAUAGCUACUUCCUUGAAUUUGAUACUCGGUGGUACAGACACAACAACUAUAUCCUUGAUACGGGUGCUAGCACACCUACUAAACAAUCCAGAUGCCUUGAAGAAGGCGCAAACCGAGUUGGAGGAGCAGGUUGGUGUGAACAGAGUUGUGAAUGAGUCAGACAUAAAUAAUCUGAUCUACCUCCAAGCAAUGAUCAAAGAGUCACUCAGGCUAACUCCUUCAUCUGAGCUUUUAGUUCCACGAGAGACUGUGGAGGAUUGUACUAUUUCCGGAUUCCAUAUUCCAGCUGGUACGCAAGUGAUUGUGAACGCGUGGAAGCUGCAGCGUGACCCAAGUGUGUGGCCUGACCCGUUGGAGUUCCGACCAAACAGGUUCUUACCAAGCCAUGCAGCGGCAGGGAUUGACGUAAAGGGCCAGAACUAUGAACUAAUCCCGUUUGGGUCUGGUCGGAGAUUAUGUCCUGGGAUCUCCAUGUCACUACACGUGAUGCACUUAACCUUGGCUAGGCUCAUCCAAGCCUUUGAGCUCAGGCUGAUCAAUAAUGUCCCUAAUGAGCUCUUUGAGGGUUUAUUCUCCAUGGCCUUGCACUCAGCUCCAUUGGUGGUGGAGAUCACUCCACGUCUCCCUCUAGAGCUUUAUCAGUCCUAGUUAAUUAGCAGUCAAGCAAUGGAGUAUACCUUAUAUAUAGUCCUAGUUUUAUGCUUGUAGCAUCAUGAUCAAGAUGUUCAAGGUUAAUUUAAGCUGCUUUCAUGGCAGUCUAAUAAUGGUAUAUAUGGUAGUGAAGUGGAAAAUAAAAGGUAUCAAAGACCGGGUCUUUGGUUCAGUUAUCUAGUUAUUUGUGUUUGAAUAUUUGUGAGUUAUUUCGUAUGUAUGUGUCGUCAAUUAUUGGCUGGUUGUAUGCGUUUAA